CCAAUCAGUGGGCACUUUGGUCAUGUGGUUAGACAGACAAUAGUAUGUUAGCCUUGAAGCCUUAACUUGUCUAUUAGGCUGCUGCUCUGCAAACAAUAAGGCAUUCUCUUGGCUCCGGGGAUUUGGGGUUCUGCUAGGUUCUGCAAGGUUCAGCUCACAGACAUGGGGGACACAGAGGAGGUAGUGGAGGGGGAUGUGCCGGAGGAAGUAGCCAAACCAAAGUUUAUGCCCAACAUGACAGCUCCAAAGAUUCCAGAGGGUGAUAAAGUGGACUUUGAUGAUAUCCACCGGAAGCGGCAGGAGAAGGAUCUGUCCGAGCUGCAGUCGCUCAUCGAGGCUCACUUCGUCCAGAGGAAGAAGGAUGAGGAGGACCUCCUCUCCCUGGUCAACAGGAUUGAGAAGCGCCGUGCUGAGAGAGCUGAGCAGCAGAGGAUACGUUCGGAGAGAGAGAAGGAGAGGCAGGCCAGACUAGCUGAGGAGAAGGAGAGGAAGGAGCUAGAGGAGCAGAGGAGGAAGCAGGACGAUGACAUGAAGAAGAAGAAAGUUCUCUCCCAAAAGACCCUGCAGUCCGGCCUGCAGUCCAAGCAGUCCGAGGGGAAGAAAGGGGCCAAGAAGCAGACAGAGAGGGAGAAGAAAAAGAAGAUCCUGGCUGACCGACGAAAGAAUCUCAAUAUUGACCAUCUGAGCGAUGACAAACUGAAGGAGAAGGCUACUGAGCUGUGGCAAUGGUUGAUGGAAUUGGAGGGAGAGAAGUUUGACCUCACGGAGAAAUUCAAAAGACAGAAAUAUGAGAUCGCUGUGCUCCAGUGCCGUAUCAAUGAACAGAGCAAGUUUGCCAAAGGUCGUGCCAAGGGCAAGAUGGCCGGCCGGCUGAGGUAAAGAGACUGCAGUGGACCGAAGGCCUGAGUGCUGAGGAGAUUGUGUGUUUGUGUUUUAUCUGUUUAUUGAUUUAUCAUAUUACCCCAGAGACUCACAUGUACCUGAAGAGCAUUAAAAGUAUUACCAUUCAUGGUC